AUGGCACUGGACGGUGCGCUCCUUGCAAGUGCUGAUGCUGUCCUUGCCAGCACGAAUGCCGCACUCGUCGCAAGCACCGAUGCCGUGCGAGCUGAUGAUGCUGCAGGCAGUGUGGUGCCCAUUUUUGCGCUCCACAGCUUGGUCCUCACCGCGCUCUCGGCCAAGACGCUGCAGGCGCUUGCAAGCAAUAGUACGGUUAACAGGGGCGUGCUCACCCGCCAUCGGCCAUGCCUAUCCCAGGUGCCUGCAAGCUCUGAUGCCGCAUUCCUUGCUGUUGAUGCUGUACUGGGUGCAAGCACUGAUGCCGUGCUGCCUGCUAGCACUGAUGCUGUACUGGGUGCAAUUACAGAUGCUGGCAAGCACUGA